AUGGGAAAAUCAGCUAAAUCUCAUAAACGUUUGACGAGAAAAGAGAGAAAAGUUCAAGCAGAGAUUUCUAAUAAUAUCGUGACAUCAAAAUCGGCAUCACAAGAUCCAUUAAACAGCGCAAAACCAUCGGCAACCACAAAGGUUACCAAAAUCAAGAGAAAAAAAAAAGUACAAGCCGUUACAACCGACGUUAUCGAUGAUGAGGGAAGAAAGAACGAGAGGGAUUACGUUGACGUAUUUACGGGAAAGAAAUCGUAUAAACCUUUGACAGUGCGAGGAAAAUAG